GACACAAUUUCUAUCAAUUCACAUUGUUGACAAUUUUUACAAAGAACUCUAUUAUUAGCCGAAAAUAAAUUUAAAUGUAUAAUUGUAUUUGGAACUCUGUUUGGCGGCCAAUGUACCACUGCCAAUGUCAUCGGAGUCAACAGUGAUUACGCCGUUUCCGAUUCCAAUUCCUGCUCCAAUGCGAUGCAACAAUAUAUUGAAGAUACAUACGAGGACGAAGAGGGUAAUUCGACAUCUAUUGAGUCCAUUGUCUCCUCCAACCCACUAAGCGAAGAGUCUGAGUGUGGGGAAAGGCAUCGAUGGCAAGAGAAGUUUGAGCCACGGGCUGUUAAUUCCUCUGUUUAUGCGCCCAUAUUCUGCCAGUCUGAUACGCCUUAUAAUAAUUUGGCAGAUCACACGCUUAUGUCAUUGGGGUACAAAGCACCUGAUGAGUGGCCGGAGCUGAAGCGCCAAGCGCGAGUCGCCAAGCCAAAUCUUUACGAGUUGCUGUCAGAGAUAGUGCAGAAAGAUCGCAAGACAAAUGCUGUGAUUACCAUUGCGCAGAGCAGUCUCCAAGUGCAUCUUAUCGUGCUGCAGUGUUUCUCGGGUCUGUUUUGUGACUUGGGCAACGAUACUGUGAACGUGGAGUUGCCAGCCGAGUGGGUGACGCCCCGCGCGUUUCGCCUUAUUUACGAUUGGAUGAUUGCGGAUGCGCCUCUGUUGUCCCGGCUCGGCUUAUUAGAGGUGUUGCGCGCCGCCAGUUUUCUUAGGAUACCGCAACUGGAGAGGCAGUGCGAGCACUGCCUGGCGCAUGGCAUCACAGAGGAGUCGGCGGUGCUGUUGUAUCUAGAGGCGCGACUGCUGCGCAUGGAACGAGCCCACCGCCCUUUGCUGCAGCGCGUCGGUCGCUUUUUUCUGACUCUUGUCGCCUCUCAGGAGUUCCUCCAACUGCCCAUGCAUGCCCUUUGGCUGCUGCUGAGCUCAAACAGCAUAGGCGUCAACACAGAACUGGAGGUCUUCAUGGCCGCCGUGCGCUGGCUCAACUUCCAAUGGCCCAAACGGCGGCUCAUCAUAGCCCAGCUUAUUUCAUGUGUGCGCUUUGCCCUUGUGCCUCCCUGGUUGCUCAUUCGUCUGCACGAUCGGCACAUCAGAUCCAUUGAACUAAAGCGUAUUAUCUCGCAACCAGAGGUGUUGCAGCAAUUACACGAUGGCAUUGGCUACACCACGACACGGCUUUGCUAUGGCUCCGAUCGAGACGCCUUCAUGCUGCAUCUGGAGCGCACGGGCAUGCAGCCGCCGGAGCAGCGCAAUUGGAUCUACGAUCGAGAGUGCAGCUACCACCAUCGACUGCACUGCCAGAUCUCCGAUGAGUUCCCCUACGAGGCCUUCAUAGGCUAUCUCAGUUGGCUCCAAACGCAACAUGGAAACUACUGGCAAUCGCUAGAGCCAGUGGACGUUUCUGAAGUGUGUCUCUGUUGCCAAACAGCUGCCAAAGAACUUAAGGAGACCUUUCAUAUUUAGAGAUUUGUAUUAUACACACUUUUUAUUCCAGCUGUGGAAAUAUAUUUUUGCCAUUUUAAGAAGA